AUGGGGUACUUCUCUAAGGCAAAACAUCAAUGGGCUGAUCAUAUAAUGAGAAGGACAACGACAGAUAGACACCAAGUCUGGAUUGGAUCUCUCGCGAAACAAAACGUCCUCGAAGGAGGAAGGCCACCGACCGAAACGGCUGACGUGUUCGUUGCAUGGACGGACCAGCUAAAUUCUCAGCUGGUAACGAUAAUGGACCUGGACCUCGGAACGUCGUCAGUCCAAUACCAACAUCGCGGACGACGCUAA